AUGAGAUUUACUGAGGUUGUGAUGUCAUGUUGGCUCAUUACGCUGUUCGGAGUAGUCCUCCUGCUCGCCGGAUCGAUCGUUCUCAUAUGGAACGAGGGCCGUACGAUACGCAUCCUGCUUUCGUUGGACGAAGCCCUAAACGAUGCCAUAACCGUCAGUGCAGAGAGUCCCUACGAAAAGCAGUUCGAAGGACGAUUGAUACAUCUGAAUGGCGCGCUGUCGACGGGAGAACCGCUCACCGAACCCGAUUACAACAUUCAAGUGCAAGCGGUGAAACUGAAAAGACGCGUACAGAUGUACCAGUGGGUCGAAGAAUCCGUAGAAAACCGCUUUGGAGAAUCGGUUGCCACCGUGGAAACGGCGGAUCGCUCUUACUUCUACACCCGAGAGUGGCGUGAUGAAUUGGUUGACUCCCGUGGGUUCUACCUGCGCUCGGAAUACCACAAUCCGACGGCAUUUCCGAUCGAGUCAACGGUUCACCUAUCCGAGCAUGUCCACGUUGGCCACUACGAGCUCGGGGAAGUCGCCAAGGAAAGGUUUAAGACGUUCCAAGAGGUGACCUCCGACACGCGUCCCGAAGAUCCUUCGGUGAGGCUACACGCAGGACUCUAUUAUCACUGCAACGACAUCUGGAAUCCGGAGAUUGGCGACGUUCGGAUACAGUUUGCGUACGCCGGGCUCGAAGGAUCGUAUGUGACCGUCGUGGGAAAGCUGCUGAACGGAAAGAUAGUCCCGUACGAAUCGACGCACUCUCGAAAAGUGCUGCUACUCGAGCCAGGCGAACACAACCUGAGCGAAAUCUUCCGUUUCGAACAUCACCAGCAACGCCUGGCCACGUGGGGCAUUCGUUUCAUCGGAUGGGUGUUGCUAUUUUUCUCCGCCAUCUGCUGCACAACAAUCAUGCAGCAUCUCGUGCGGGAGCAUCGUUUUUUGAGGAUUUUCUUCCCCGAUGCGAACUUUUCGCUUUCGACCAAUAUCAUGACGUCGCUGUCCGUGGCGUUGGUAAUUGUGUCAGUGGCGUGGAUCGUGCAUCGGCCUUGGCUGGGAGGCGGGCUGCUUUUCGCGGCCGUAUCGCCAUUUUUAUACUGCGCCCGUAGCAUAAUGGGCGGUUAUCAACGGAUGGACUGAGCCGGCACAUGAUGAGACGUGUCAGGUUUUAACCAAAUCGUUUGCCUGUGAAUUUUAGUCUUGUGAUAUCAUCACGUCUCAUUUGCGUUGCUGGCCAGACGCAAGUCAUC